UGGAUUACCAAGAAUCCACAUGGCUCUCUUGAACUGGCGAUUGGGUUUAUCCUUAACCCAUCUAAGCAGUAUGGUGAUCCAGCGGCACUUCAGUAUCACUGGAGCACACCAAGCGAUACAGAAGCUCACCCGUGUGCGUGUGGUGGACAACAGCGCCUUGGGGAACACACCGUACCACCGUCCACCAAAAUGUAUCCAUGUGUAUAACAAGACUGGGGUUGGCAAAGUAGGAGAUAAGAUCCUUCUGGCUAUUAAAGGAGAAAAGAAGAAAGCUUUAAUUGUAGGGCACAAGAUGCCUGGUCCCACCAUGACGCCUAGAUUUGAUUCCAACAAUGUAGUACUCAUAGAUGAUAAUGGAAAUCCAUUGGGGACUAGAAUAAAAACACCAAUACCCUAUAGCCUGCGACAGAGAGAAGGAGAGUUCUCCAAAGUAUUGGCCAUUGCGCGCAACUUUGUAUGAAAGACAAGAAAGGUGUCUGGCAGUUGUGUUUAUAUGCUUUCAUACAGUAGCUGUUCCUUGGUCCUUUUCUAAGAAAGAAAAUGGUGAAAAGUGAAAAAGUUGAGGUUCAUCAAGAGUCUCUUCCUGUUUAAGAAUUGCAGGCAACUAAUUUAAAUGUUGGAAUACCUUGUUUUACUCUAAAAGAAGAUUGAUUUAUUUCGGAGAACAUCUGCAGU